AUGGCUUACAUGAUGGCAGGGAAAACAACCGUGGUAGAGCAUGCGAAACUGCUGAUUGGAGCCAUCUCUGGCAUCUCUGGCCUUUCCACUGAACUUAUUUCACCCAGUCGUGCAUUCCACAUUCUAGAUGCGCUCCACAAGGAGCAUUUCACAGCUGCGCGGGAAGGAGCUCAGAGUUUGGAUGGAUGUGCUUCUGCUCUGUGCCAUCAACAAGUGUCUCUGUCAGCAUUUGUCACGUGGUUCAGUGGUGUGAAAAAGUGGGCGUUGUAUUUGAUUCCUGUUCUUUUAUCUUUGCAGAUUGAGCUACAUGUGCAUCUUGAUGGUGCUAUUCGAAUAAAGACCAUCGUAGAAGUAGCAAAGCGGCGGGGAAUCACUCUACCUGUGAACGGCGAGGAUGAAAUGAGAGACCUGGUUAUAAUGCAUGAGCCGGCCACACUCACAGAAUUCCUUGGCAAGUUCAAUCACUACAUGCAUGCCAUUGCAGGGGACAGAGAGGCCAUCAAGAGAAUAGCUUACGAGUUUGUAGAGACAAAGGCUGAAGAGGGAGUGCUCUAUGUUGAAGCCAGAUACAGCCCUCAUCUGCUGGCCAACAAGGGAGUGGAUCCUCUUCCUUGGGACCAAAAACCAGGAGACAUCACUCCCGAUGACGUGGUGGACCUGGUAAACCAGGGGUUCAAAGAGGGAGAGAAGGCCUUCAAAACCAAAGUCAGGUCCAUUCUGUGCUGCUUGCGUCACCAGCCAAAUUGGUCUAUGGACGUGGUCGAGCUGUGUAAGAAGUAUCGCAAAGAUGGAGUUGUGGCAAUAGACCUAGCAGGAGAUGAAUCCAUGAACUGUGAGUCAUACCCAGGACACAAGAGAGCAUUUGAGGAAGCCGUCAGAAGUGAGGUGCACAGAACAGUGCAUGCAGGAGAAGUGGGCUCUGCCAAUGUGGUGAAGGAGGCUGUGGAAGUUCUGAAAGCAGAACGCAUUGGACAUGGAUACCACACGCUUGAAGAUCAAACUCUAUAUAAACGACUGCUACAACAAAACAUGCAUUUUGAGAUGUGUCCUGUCUCCAGCAGACUGACAGGAGCCUCUGACCCAGACUUCACUAAACAUCCUCUCGUCACAUUCAAGAAGGACAAGGCUAACUACUCCUUAAAUACAGAUGACCCUACCAUAUUCAACUCCACCUUGAACUCAGACUACCAGGUGGUGCAGAAAUACAUGGAUUUCACUGAAGAGGAGUUCAAGAGACUGAAUAUAAAUGCAGCUAAGUCCUGCUUUCUUCCUGCGAAGGAGAAAGAGGAGCUUCUUGAACAACUCUAUGAGGCCUACGACAUGCUGAAAAAAAACAGGCUUUUGAGCUCAGUACUGUUAUAAACAAGUUUGCAGCGAGCAGAGCCUUUCAGGACAUUUGCCUUCUCACAUGAUUGUGGAUCCUGAUUCCUUGAAACUGGAGAACUCGUACACACAUUUCUCAGCGAAAGUUUUACACAAAAACAAUAAAGACCACACAUAAAAACUUUCAACUUUAGAAGUUAACAUGCUGUUUGUUAAAAUAAAUGUUACAUAUGUCAUUUAACCACCGUUACAGCAUACUGGUUUUGACCAAAUGCUGUUGCCUUUCAUCUACAUAAACAUUUUUACAAGUAUUGUAAUAUCUGUAGCCUUAACAUGAAAUAUUCGUCUUAUUUCAUAUUUACUCAAGUCUAAGUCACUAUACUUUAUGCUCUUCUCAAUAUAUGCACAGAAUAUGACCAUAAUGUAAUAAAGAAAAAAAUCUUUAUAUGAAGCAUGUUAAUCUGUAUAACAUGUGACAGGUACUGUGAGAAUGAAAUUAAAUAGUACCUCAGCUUUAUUCAAAAAAUGUACAAUGGCAAUAAUGUAUAAAUCCAAAACAUUAAACCAGAAUAUGAUCUUAUGUCUGGUGCUCAUCUAAUGUAUAUUGUAUACAAACCUUUGGGUAAGCGUUGAUUAUUAAUAUUAAAGUUAUUAUUAGAUGUUUGACGAUGAAAUGCUUGCAAAACCCCUUUACAUUUGGUCGUUCUUUUCUAACACCAGAGGGCAUUUACCAAAAGACGGUUUAUAUAACUCAGGUUUGGGCUUAAUCAGCCUAGCGAAAAUUAAUUGUAUCAGGUUUUACAGUUUGUGUUGUAUAGUUUGAACUGCAUAGGAAAAUAUACGGACUAUAAAUGAUGUGGGAAGGAAGGGACUGAGAGCUUGUCACUGUGUAAACUAUCAAUACAAAUUCUUUUGCAUCUGAA